AGGUUUCAGCAAUGAACUAAAUUCUAGUUUAGGUAGAACUAGAUGCUUGGUGUGGUAGUAUGGGAAAGCAGGACAGCAUCGCUGAAGAAGAUCUGUCCAUGCUGGAGAGAGGCAAGAGAAACGAAGUCAGACGUCUACAAAAAUCACUGAAAUCCGCCACAGCGAAAGGUAACCUAUCAGAGCAGAGCAAGCUAUGUAACGCUCUGGGUGACAUGCUAGCUGUAUCUGGGUUUCUCAACCUGGCGCUACAAUACCACACCCAAGAUCUUGAACUCAGUGAGAAGCACGGCAAGCCCCUCGACAUAGCCGUCGCUCAUCGUAAAGUUGGAGAAGUGUUUGCCGAGUUGGGAGAGUUUCCCGCUGCCAUCUCCCACCAAGAGCAGUUCAUGAAGAUCUCCACAGAUCUGGGUGACUUGUUGGAACAGCAGCGAGCUAAUGCAACUCUGGGAAGAACUUACUAUACUCAGCUCAUGUCUGAGACAGAGGAGUCUGUUAUGGUACCGUUGAGAAAGAAGGCUGGACUGUAUUAUAUCACUGCUCUGAAGUUAGUUAAUACUCUGAGGAGCAAACGACUCUGUUCUGAGAAAGAAGUUAUGGAGAUGAGAGCCAGAUUGCACCUCAACGUUGGCCUGCUCUAUGACAAAGUCAACCCUACCAUGAGUGUCGAUUACCUGAAAAAAGCGCUGGAGGAAGCAAAGCUAAACCGAGAUGGCGCUGUGCAGCAUCUAGCGCUUCUUCAACUGUGUGAAACUUACUUGCAUAGUGGUGAACUUUCUGAGGCCCUACUCUACGGAGAACAGGCAGUAAAAGCUAGCAAAGUAAACGAAAACGAACAAGAAGAAUCAGAGAGCAGUGAAAUGUUAGCUCUCGCUCAUCUCCACUCGGAUAGCAUUCUCCUUGCUCGGCGAUGUGCCAAGAGAUCUCUGCAGAUUAACAGUGAUUUGGACAAAGCCAUGACAGUUUACAAGGCUACCAAGCUUAUCAUGUCCACACAACAGGUCGAUUUUGGCGAGACGGAAAGAGAAGUUGGUAUCCUUUCAAAAAUAUCGAACACUCUGCUGAAACUGUCACUAAACAACCAAGCUAAGAGAUGGUUGAAGAAGGAACUGGAGCUGGCUAAACACUGCGAGCUUCCUGCACCUUCCGUUGCUGAAGUGCACGGAAAGUUAGGAGAAUGUUACAGAGAGACCGGGGAGUACGAGCUAUCUCUGUAUCAUUACACCCAGCAGAUAUCUAUUGUGUCCACUGCAGCUACUUGGGCCAACAUCGCUCUUGUUUCCCUCAAAGAUAAACAGUCUUAUCAGGCGGGUAUUGGCGAGGCACACUCUCCACAAGACCAGAUACUGUGUCUUACUGCCCUCAUUGAAGUUGCUGAACACUUUGACAAACAGGAGGUGGUCAAAACUGCUAAAACAGAACUAAGUAAGAUUGAAGAAGACACUCCUGAUAGCUGCAGUAUGUCUCAAGACACCUGGAACAUGUCAGACGUGGAGAUUAGUGAAAGUGAAAGCGAAGCUAUUGACGAUGAUAGUGAAACUGCACCUAUGCGAAAGAGAAGAGCUGGGAAACUGACGAAAGUUAACGAGAAAGGGGAAACUCCCUUACAUCAAGCGUGUGUCGAGGGAAAAAUUGACAAGGUGCGUGAACUGAUAGCAAAACACGCGUCCCCCAACACACGUGACCACGCCGGCUGGACACCUCUACACGAAGCCUGUAACCACGGAUUCCUGGAGAUAGUGACAUUGCUGGUUACAGCGGGAGCUGAUAUAAAUGAUCGUGGUGGCCGUGAGUGUGGGGGUAUUACUCCUCUUCACGACGCCUCUCAGUGGGGCAACUUCUCUAUCGUCAAAUAUCUGGUUGAAAGUGGAGCUAAUAUCCUAGCCAAAGAUGACGAUGGUCGCUCGGCUCUGCAACUCGUUGAGAAUAUCCUUGAAGAUGAUCCAGACGACAUUCUCACCGACCAAAGACUAGCUAUAAAGAAUUAUCUGGCUGAAGUAAGCAAGAAUCCGCCUAAACCCCGGAAAAUUGUAAAGAAAAUGGAGCAAGAGGAAUUGUUCACCACAGGAUCCAACUCUUCGUUUUCUUAUCAAAAGGGUCUGGAACCUGUGGCAACUUCUACUCAAAGAAGUCAGAUAGUUGGCAAGGAGAACAUUUCAUCACACAAAGCAAAACAUUUGAGGGCGUCUGACAGUGCUAUUCUCAGCAGAAAACAGAUGGAUAAACUAACACUUCCUUUAAAGCAGAGAUCUUCUGAUCCACCAAGACACCCCUCUAAACGCCCUAUUGUUGAUGAUUGGCUUGUUGAAGACAGGAAUCCGUCUCCGAAACGUAAACUACCUCAAGAUCCUUUCUUGUCUAGAUCCAGCGGCAAGAAAAGACCAAAACAAUCGAAGUUAUCAAACAUUCGGAUAAAAGAUGAAGAAAGUAGUCCUGAUACCCCUGAAAUUAUCUCAAUUCCUUCUGAUCCUCCUCACAGACCCCCCUCACAGACUACCUCCGACCAUCUGCAUCCAAAACUCAGAGUAAAGAUCAAAAUCAGAGAUACCUUGUUUUUCCUCCCAGUUAAACCAAAUCAAACAAUCGCGGACCUAGCUGUAGAAGCUUCCCAACGUUACCGCUCAAAAGUUGGCAUUCUCCCCAAACUCAGUCUCACUACCAGCGACGGAGCGGAACUGGACAGCGAGGAUGUAGCAACCCAGCUCUUAGUAGACGGUGAUGAGUUGGUUGGAGUGAUAGAAGAGGCGGAACAUGUGGGACUGUUGGAGAAGUAUCUGGAAACUUGUACUCGGUUAUCAGUAGAACCGGCUCUAAAAGAGAUCUUCUCCGGAACUUUAUCUAAUGUCUCGCUGUCCAGGUCUCUAGCAUCCAGCAAACAGUUGGAGUGUUUCUUUACAACGUUACUCUGCUGCACGGGGAUUAAGAAGCUGGAUAUCUCGUUUAACCGCCUUUCUAAGGAGGUACUGAACACUUUUUGUAGUGCUGUACCUACUUUAACUUCCUUGUCAGAUAUCAAUGUGUCUGGCUGUGGCAUCAACAACACCAACUUUUUGAAAGUGUCAGAAUGUUUGUCUCAGCUUCCUUUGAGCACGUUAAAGCUGGACUAUAACAGUAUAUCAAACUGUUUUACAGCACUUGUAGAACUGAUUGUCUCAAUGCCGACCCUUAGUGUGGUAUCAGGUGUAAGUUGUACUCUGACCACUAAAACCCAUCUUUCGCCUGAACUUACGGAGAAACUAUCCGAAUGUAACAUCUCGUCGUUGGAUUUGUCACAAAAUCAUAUCCACCAUUUCCCGAAGUUUCCUCAGAGAUUAAAGUCUCUAACCCUGGGGGGAUCAAACAUAGAAAAGUCAGGGGUAAAUCUCCCAAAAACUCUGGAAAUUCUGUGUCUAGAAAACUGUGACCUGAACGAUACAAAUUUCCGGGAAAUUUUACCCGACCUCAGAAAUAUAACCUCCUUCAAAGCUCCCUUCAACCACAUAACCGGAGAAUCAGUCGUAGAUCUAGUGAUGUUAUUUCCUCGACUAUCCCUCCUGGACUUGUCCUCUAAUCCGCUAGGAGGAGAGGGUAUUGAGACUCUGAGUCUGGUGGCUCCUCCUCAUCUCACUCUACAGAACUGUAAAGCUGGUGACGUCACUGCUGACAUCAUCACAGCCCUCCACGGCUCAGUGGAGAUGUGUGAUCUGAGUUACAACAAGAUAGAUUAUCCCAGCUUUUGUAAGGAACUGUCCGAGGAGAUCAGGGAUUGUGUCACCUGCCAGGGUAAUAAGUUGAUUAUUAAAGGAGCCGCUGGGGCAGUCAGGUGACCAGAUCUGAUUUUUAAUUGGUGUUCUUUAUUUGUUGAAUUUUGUAAAUAUUUCAUUGGUUUAUUUGGUAUAUACAUUAACUUUUGUAAAUAUAUCACAUGCCGAAUUUAAAUUAAUUGAAGCUUACUGUUUACAGUGUCUACUAACUUAAUUAACAAAUAACAUGAAACCAUUUUCAAAACCAUCAUUGAUAGCUUUAUUUGUUAAUUGCUAUAAUUGACAAGCGAAAUAGCACAUCGUCGAAAGAAAAUUUACCAGACCCAGAUCAAUCGAGAUUUUCUAACAUGAAAUCUGAAAGGAUGAAGAUUUAAAGAGCGGAUCGAUGACAGUUGAAGCGGAAAACGUAGCCCCCAACUCUAGUCCCAACCUCGACACAGAACCAAAACUCAACACGCCUGAACCCUCCGACUCAAAACCCAGCUCACAGGAAACAUCAGACUCAGACCUCUCCAGAGAACACACAGACAGCUCCAUCGAAACAGAUGCGGAGAACUCCCAGCAGUUUGUAGUGCGGAACUACAGAGUUCAGGAAUGUAUGUCUAACAGAGAGGACUGGUACAGCAAGUCUAAGAACUACUGGAAGGAGGUACCCAGCACAGUAGAUGGUAUGUUAGGAGGCUACGGAUCUCUAACACACUCAGAUCUGUGUAGCUCUGCUAUGUUUCUAGCUAAACUCUACACCGGCCUGAACACAGAGCGAGCAUUAGAUUGUGGAGCUGGUAUUGGCAGGGUCACUAAAGGUUUGCUGCUCAACAUAUUUGAUAAGGUUGAGAUGAUAGACACGUGUCAGGAGCAUUUGGACAGUGCGCGAGAGUAUCUUGGGGAGGAUAUGUUUGCACGUGUACCUGCGCAGCAUUGCUGCGGGCUAGAGGACUUCCAUCCUGAGCCCAACACUUACGAUUUGGUGUGGGUACAGUGGGUCAUUAUUUAUCUUUCAGACUAUGAUUUUAUAGAACUGCUUGCUAGGUUUAAGAAAUCUCUCAAGAAAGAUGGGUAUAUUGUUGUGAAAGAUAACGUUACUAAGAACGGUUGUGAACUAGAUGAUAAUGACAGUAGUGUUACUAGAUCUGACUAUCAGUUAAAACAGAUUUUCAAACGAGCUGGUCUUGAAAUUGUCGUGGAUUCUUUUCAGAAAAACUUCCCUCGAGAGUUAUUUAAAGUUAAGUACUAUGCAAUGAGGUAGCACAUUUUCAGGCGUUACUAUUCUGCAAUUAUGUUUGUUCCCUUUCUUCAGCGUGAAAGGGACUAAGGUAGCGCAUUUCCCGGAUUUCUCACUUCUGUAUUUUUGUUUAGUAUAUUUCUUCAGGCAGCGUGUAUAAAACAUUUUAAUGACCUAAUAUGGGCACGCAAUAAUUUGUUUAUUUAUCUAUUUCAGCAUAUGUUUCGUAACAAGAA